AUGUUAUUCAUCCUUCUUUCUUUAAUCAACACCGAUCGAAAAAUCGAAACAAUUCUUUGAUAAUUUUUACAGACAUUGAAAGGCAAACAUUUCCAGACAAACGUUGAGUCACAAAUAUCUGCAAUGUCCUAUUUGGAUUUAAUAUUGAGAUCCAUAACAGAGCCAGGUUUACUGCGCGCCUUUGUCAAAUUUCUCCUGGAUACGGAAAAGUUUGAUGGAGAACGGAUAUUGGACAUAUUAAUAGAUCGUCUGGGUUCCACGGAUGCAAAUUUGUGUAUGGUAACAAUGGCAUUGUUCGAUACCAUGCUUGCGUUGCACUGCGAAGACCUAAUGCUGGAGCUUUUAUUGAAGUACAUACUGCCCGGCAAGCAUGUGCCUAUUUCGCAUCGACAUAAAAUAAAUAAAAUCGACCCGUACACAAACACAGCCGAAUUUUUUCUGGACCUUACACCAGACGUAAUGAAACGCGCAAGAGAAUUAACUAAGCACAAAUCACUCGGUGACACAGUGGCAACACAACCACCGCACCCAGCGCUGCCUUCACCGACAUCGACAAUGAGUAAAACCAUCGGCGCAAAUUGGAACUACUACGGCGUGCACACGGGCAACAGUCUCUAUGCCAACUUUCACGCGUACCUCUUUGAAGCGCAUUGCCGCAUCACACAAUGUAAGAAUGCCUGUUCCAAAUGGAGGAACACAUACAAAUACCAAAAGUGGCCGCCAAAGAAUCUACGCGCACAGCAGACCCAGGCUAUAGAGAUGGUUAAACAAUUUUUCACUGAAUUUGGAGCAAAUGCUUUGACGGAAAACGAAAGCGCGAGUUCGGCUAUAAACGCCAGAGUUGCUGUGGAAAAAACACAGCCGGACAGUCUGCAGUCCAUAGGGGAAUCAAGCGGCUAUGAGUCAUUUAAGUGGCGACCCGUCGAUGAAGAUGGUGGUGAGUGUACAGACUCAACCGCUAAUUCCACAAUGCAUAUGUUAAGCUCAAGUGGCGGUGAAGGUGAGCUAGAUAAUAGUGGGAGCAGUAGCAAUAGCAACAGUUUAGCUGCGAAACAAUACAGAAAAGAAAUUUGGCGCGUAUCGAGCAACAACAACGAUUUAGUCCUUACUGAUUUAGACUUUUCGGAAGAUCUCUUUGCACAAGGGACAGUAAGUUUAGGUCCCUUCCUAAACGCAAUAUGGGGUAAAUUGCAAACGUUCACCAGCAACACGUUAUAUGUAAACUUACAUCUUACUGGUUUGAUUACGCGGCUCGCCUGCUAUCCACUACGAUUGGUUCAUUCACUUCUAUUGCGGCCGGACAUUGUUAUCACUUCGGACACACCAUCGUUCCAGCAAAUAUUACGCAUACUUAAGCAACAAAUUGAUGCGGAAUUGCCGAUGUGUGAGGAUUCGCUUGAAAUUGUCGAUGUGGCUCGCUCUUAUCUCAUCGACCGCGAAUUUCGUUUGAUACGCUCUCCACAGCAGCAGCAGCGUUUUGGUCCACAAACGACAUUCGCAGGCAUAUCGUCAGCAUCACCAGUACAAGUUACACCCUCAUCGUCGUAUGACCCCUUCAAGCGGAACGAUAAUAAGCGUAAAAGUAUCAGCAAAUCCAUAACUAGUAUGUUUAGUCGUAAAGCCAGCGCUUCAUCUGGCUUAUCACAAAUUUACGCAUUCUUCACCGGCGGCUCCUUAGGCUCAACAUUCUCCGCCAGUGGCAAUGGAUCAACAUCACAGCAGCAAGCCUCCCCAAUUGCGCAUAGCACUCGUGAAACAAGCUUGACGACAAUGCCCGGCUCUAUGGCUAUUUCCGAAUCAACAGCUGCAGACACCACAUCGCACAUUAUCCAAAUUUCGGACAGCACAACAUCGCCGAGCGGUAUUGCAACGCACAACACACAUACACAUACGUACACACAACAAAGCAAUACUAUUGGAAUGAAUUCAAUACUUGUGUCAAGCAGUGGCGCCACGAUUGGUGGUUCUGGCUCGGAACCGGUCUCAUUGGAUUCGCUUUCAUCUAUGGGCGCUAUAGCUAACACAAGCGGCACAGAACGCACAAGAGAUCUGGCACUAUGUGCUGUUUUACUUGAUGAAUGGCUUAAGGAGUUGGCAGCGAUUGCACAAGAGCAUAGCGUGGUUUUGCUGAACGAAAACAUUUGAUGGUGGCGUAAACGCCAUCGCAGUCGAAAGUUAUGCUGUUGAUUGGUAGCGGAAAGAGGGGAAGUACCGUGCAAGGAAAUACACACGUACAUGUACAUAUGCAUGCAAAUAUAUUUACUAAGGAUUAUCUAUAGAUAUUCAUAUAAGAAAAACUUUAUCCUUAAGGAAAACAAAAGGUUGAAUAU